UUCUAGCAUAUGUAAUUCGUACGGGAGAAAAACAAAAAUAUUUUUUGUUGUCUUGGAAUAACUUUGGUUUCCCACAUGUCGUUUGUAACAUCCCCAAUCAGCUGUCCAAUUUUUAUUUAUUUUGUUAAGAGCGUCGUGGCAGCGUGGGAUUCUACCGGCCGGUUUUUCCGCAAUCAUGGCCAAGAGCAAGAAGCAGGUGCGCGAGUUCCAAGCCGAAAAGGAGGCUGCCGAGGCCACAGUCGCCCGGCUGGACACAUGCAACGAUGCCUACACCAGCGGGGCCUUUAAGUACCUGCGCUUCCUUCUCCAUUUGCUGGCCGCAGCUCAAUUCUCUUACGGCAUAUACUACUACCACUUCCGGGUACACUGGCCGAAGGACUUGGUGGUGGACGAGGUGGACGAACUGAAGGCUCGAUGGGGUGGCAAAUUCAAAUAUCUCACCUUCCUGGACGUCAUCCUGCAGGCCAUUUACCACACACUGGCCCUGCUCAAUGAUCUUUUUGGCGACAACACAGUCACCGUCAAGCCAAAGUCCAAGCUGAGAUCCGCUCGGGACUACAUAUUCUCGGCCUUUGCCUUUCCAGUGGCCCACAAUGUUUGCCUGUCGUUCUGGGUCGUCUACAUGUGGGACCGUGAGCUCAUCUUUCCCUCGGCGCUGGAUGCUAUUUUCCCCAGCUGGCUGAACCACAUAGUGCACACCAAUGUGGCUCUAAUGGCCCUUAUGGACCUGUUUACCUGCUUUCGCCGCUACCCAACGCGCCUGGCCGGGCUUGCGGGCAACGUCUCCUUCAUCCUGCUCUACAUCAUCUGGUUGCACAUUGUGCGUUAUUUCAGUGGAGAGUGGGUCUACCCGAUUCUGGAGGUUUUGCCCCUGCCGCUGCGGUACCUAUUCCUUGCACUGCUGGUGGGCUUCAAUGUGGCGUGUUAUCUGCUCGGGGAGUAUGCCAACACGGUGAUCUGGGGCCCAGAGUUCAAACUGCUCAAUCAGCAAAAAGUAAAGAGGGUUAGAGUGUAUAUAUAAUAUAAACAAAAAGCCCUUCAUGUUGCAAACUUUGAACACCGAGAUUUUACACCUAGGAAUAUACGGAAUUAAAUAACCUAAAAAGA